ACCAGAGUUCGCCCAACCGAGACCGUCACCCUUCCACACAUCUCAUCUAACCUAUGUGCUACUCCCCGGCCUAAAUUUCCUGUCGUGAUGAGGACCAUGGCGCUGCUGCUGCUGGUGUCGCUGCUGGCGGCGGCCACGAGCAACACAUCUGACAACGUGCACAAUGAGAGGAGCGAGGAGGAGACGCGGCGGAUCUUCCUGGAGUGGAAGGCCGAGCUCGGCAAGACCUACAGCUCCCUCGCCGAGGAGGAGCGCGCGUACGACAUGUUCAAGCACCGCCUCCACGACAUCGACCAGUGGUGGCACAAGAGCGGCUACUCCGCCUGGUCCUGGGACAGGGAGAGGAGCGAGGAGGAGACUCGACGGAUCUUCGCGGAGUGGAUGGCCACCAACGACAAGAUCUACAGCUCCAUCGACCACGAGGAGCACCGCUACGCCAUAUUCAAGGACGCCCUCCGUCAAGUCGAUCGGAACAACGCCGGAUAUGCCUUAGGGGUCGACACUAACCACCAGGGCAUCAACGGCUUCACCGAUCUCUCCCUGGAGGAGUUCAACGUCGUUUGCUCCGGGUUCAUCCCGGAGGGCUUCGAGCCAUCGCCGGCCGACUUAAGAAGGGAUGCCGAGAUCCAGGAGCGCUUGCGGCUAGUAUAUGCCCCUCCAUCCCUUUGGGCUCAUUGACAUCAGA